AUGGCAAAACAACUGGAUCAAGAAACACUGCAGCAGGAGCUGAAAAAGCGAAAGAUAUGUCGUUUUUGUUUGUGUGAAACUAUACCCAAGCUGAGUAAUAUUUAUAUGCGUGAUACACGAAUUAAGACAUCAGCACCGCUGCCCAUACAAAUAAUGGCCAUAGCUUCAAUUGAGGUAUUCAGCAAUGAUGGUAUGCCGGGAUAUGUAUGUUCCGAUUGUACAGCCAUCUUUGAAUUUGCCUAUCAAUUCAAACAAGUUUGUAAGCAAGCUGAUAAUUUACUGCGUCAGUUUCCAUUAACGGGACAAUGGCCAAAACCAUUAAAUUUACCAGUGCUUAUUCGACCGAUGCAACAGAAUGUCCUCAACAAUAAACAAUGUACCAAAACAACACAGAUACGUAUGCAGCCGCAGCAGGGUGGUGGAGGUGGUAACAGGCAAUCAUCAACCGGUCAGGAAUCUCCGGCACAAAUAAAGAAAAUUCUAAAUGCCACACCGGCAACGGUUCCGGCAAAACCCCAAACACCACCAAUACGUACUAAAAUCGAAAAGAUCGACGUCGAUGAUGAAGAUACCACAAUAAGUCUAUUGGCUAAACUGGAAAACACAGACGAAAUAUCCUUCGAUGAUAUACAACAAUUGAUGGCCGAAGAAGAAGCCAAUCAAAGUGUAGAAGAACUUAUUACGCCAGAUUUUAGUACCACAGAUUUUAAUAGCACCGAUAUGCCGAUAGUUUAUUUGGAUGCUGGACUAAAGUCCAAACCAAAAUUAUUGAAUAAAUCUUCGGUACGUAUUUUGAACAAGGAGGCGGGACGUGAUAAUGAACCACGUUUGAGUUUGCCAAAAAUUAAACAUGAUUCGGAUGGUAAUAUGGAGAUUGUUGCGGAAAUUCUAGAUGCCGAUCAACCCUAUGAAGAUGAAUCAGAUCCCAAAAAUGCUGAAGUUAUUGACACACAAGUCUAUCCGUGUCCACAUUGCGAUCGUUCAUUCCCACUGCUGCAGCUAAGGGAUCUGCAUAUGAAAAAUCAUACUCGGGAUAGGAAAUUCGAUUGUGAGGAGUGCGACAAAAGUUUCUUCUCCAAAUACGACUUGCAGAGGCAUGUCUUUACGCAUAAUGGUGAAAAACCAUUCAAGUGUUCAGCUUGUGAUAAGGCCUUUUCACGUUCAACCCUACUGCAGAGACACGAGAAAACCCACACCGAAAUACCCAAAUUUAUAUGUGUGACCUGUGAACGACCCUUCAUUUCGAAGGAGGACAUGGAAAAACAUGCUGAACGUCAUAAAAUAAAUCGACCAUUCCAAUGUAAAUUGUGCAACAAGGGCUUUGCAUUUAAGCAGGGUCUAGAACGCCACGAAGUUGUCCAUUCACGCCAACAACCCUAUCCAUGUCAAUAUUGUAACCAAAGUUUUUCAACACCCAGUAAAUUGGCCCGUCAUCUAACUGCCCAUGCCGGCCAGCGGCCAUAUCCUUGCAAAUAUUGCAACAAAUCAUAUCUGCUGUCACAUCAUUUGACACGUCAUAUGCGUUCACACAAGGAGCAUGUCGAUAAGUCCAAUACACCAUCGUUUAUAUGCAGUCGCUGUCCGGAAAGUUUCCAAACCCGCGAUGAACUUAUAAACCACUCGGCCAGCCAUGCUGAUGCCAAUAACCUGUCGUGUUCCCUCUGCAAAGAGGUGUUUGCAAAUAUGGAAGAUCUAACCGCACACAUAAGUGAACAUUCUGUCGGCGAAGCGUAUGCCUGUGAAUUUUGCGAUUUAAUCUUUACCGUUGCUGAGAAAUUACAAAAACAUAUUGAUACGGAGCAUACCCAAGAAAUGGAAGCAUAUCAUGAAGAUGAUCGUAUGCAGGCAGAUCGAAUGAAAGAUGGGGCAAAUCCAAACACAACGACGGCGGAUGGUACAGAGGAUCCUCUACAAGAGACGGUUAAUGAAAUACUGUUUGACGAUGCCACAGAGUCGAGGGAAAAUAAUCACGAACAAGUUGUUAUUAAGAAAGAAAAAGACGCUCCCGCAAUUUUACAACAAGUUAUUAUUAAAAGUGCUGCCACUAAAAAGCCAACAGCAGCAGCAGCUGGUAACAAAAAUGAAGACAACAGUCUUUUAAUUCCUCUGAAACAAAGAAAAGUCCAAAUGAACAAUAAUAAAAUUAUAGCUCAAGUAGUGAGUCCAAAUACUACGUCACCACAAUCUCAAUUGCGACGUAAACUGCCCACAACAGCACCACAGACAAGAGAAAAGAAUCAACCCUCAAUUGCAGAUUCGCUAAUGAAAAUGCCCAAAGGUAUAACUGUAAAGAAAACUUCAACGACGGUUGAUGAUAAAAAUCGAUCACCAAACACAAGCGCAAAAUCUCCGCGAUCCGCCAAUAACUCAUUAAAUGUUUCACCAUCGACAUCAUCGUCGGCAUCUUCUCCGCCAACAGGCGUUACAAAUGUUCGUAUUCAACGUAUGCGUGUUACCAAAGCCCAGGCUGAACAAUUGGUCAAAGAAGGUCGCAUUAAAAUGAAAGAUGGCCAAAUGAUUUUAAAUAAGGAAAAAUAA